AUGCCAGAAGAUGUAUUCAUAAGAUGCUCUCAAUGCAAGCAGCUCCAUAUAAAAGGAAACAAGCAUAAAUGCUUGAAUUUUGUUCCAUGUAUGCCCUAUACAGAAGCUUUACAAAUGAAAGAGAAAAAAGAGAGUUCAUUGCCCAAACUUAAAAGUUCGUCACCUGUGCGUUAUACCAAAAGACAGUUAAGUAUUUCAAAAACUCAAGAAACAGACAUCAACAAUGACCCAGAAAUAAGUUUCGGCCAAUAUUCUCAAAAUCUGAUCCAAACUCCUAACCUUCCUACUCUCUCUAAUCCUCCAAGUCUAACAUCGCGCUCCAAAACUCCUGUAACCAUAAGGCGACAGCUUGCCUUUAUCACUCCUUCUAAAAUCAGAGAAUCCAGCAGAAAAGACCUGAUUCUCAAAGACGUAACUCCAUUGAGAAAUAGAAAACUCAUUCGUGUGGAUACUGCUGACUUUAACUCAGAGCUACUUAUCCACAAAGAUAUCAAAAACACAGAAAAUGAACUAAAGUCAGGGGUAUAUGGAGAAAGAAUUAAAAAAGUCGCAAAGCAUGCACAUUGUUUUAAGCAUGCAAAUUUUUUCGCAGUUACAUAUUGUAAUAGGUGCGGAGUUGAUUUGUGUGUGAAGUGUUCAAGUGAGCAUGAAGAGCAUGAUUCGUUAUUUAAAAAUACAAAAAUAUUGCUUAAGGCUCCGUCGGUGACUGAUAUUGAUCCUUUUAAAAAUACAGGAUCAGUGGCGUUGAAUUUGGUAGGUUUUUCGAGAAUAGAUGAAGAAAAUGAAAACAUAACUCCGAGGAAAAUAAAAAUUUGCUCUGAUUGCGGGUAUGCAGUAAAUUGUCCAGAUAUUCAUUCAAAAAAAGAGUAUGAUCUUUGGAAGAUCUGCUAUAAGUGCCAAAAUAAAACUUUUACGACUACGCUGAGCCAUACAGAAACAGAAGCGAUAAUAUUUAAAGAUGAUUUAAGCGAUUUUUAUGAAUUUUCAUUAUCUGCACCAAUUCCUGUGAUGAUUAAUGAUAGAAGGUGGGAAAGCACCAAAGAGUAUAUAAAUGCACAGAAAAACUCAAGCAAAUGGGAAGAUGCUAACUUCCGAUCUUACAAAUCACUAAAAAAUAAUUUAAUUAAUUUCUUAUUUAAAUUAAUUUAUUGCUAUAAUUCCUGCUUUAUUUAAAAUAAAAAAUUAAUAUUUAGCUUGGAUAUAAGAAGUAAGGACGAAAUAAUAGAAAAAGUAUGUGAAGAGAAAUUUAAGCAGCAUCCAAGAUUAUACCAGCUACUGAUGUCAACUUCUGGGCGAGAACUUAUGUUCUGCGAUUCAAAUGAAAAAUAUUGGGGAAUUGGCUUCAAUGGAUUAGGAAAAAAUCGAUUAGGUGAGACCUUAAUGAAGAUUCGAGAUGGAAAUAUAUUUUAA